UUGUUUUUUUCCCUUGCAAAUUCUGUUUGAAUCCAACCUGUAUCUUCCUUUUACUUUCAAUACGCUUUCUCUCUCCUCUAAUCUUUCGUUUUCCCCCUUCAAAAAACCCAUUUCCCCUUAUCAUUCCCUCACCCCCCACCCUCGAAAAAAAAAGAUAAAGAAAUAAAAACACACCUCCAUUUUUGUUUUCUCCCAAAUCUGAACCCUGUUUCUAAAAACAUCCAUUAUUCUCUCUUUUUUCUUGUUUUUCUCCCAUGGGCAAUUGUUGCCCUCGAGGCAACACCGCCCCUAACGAACCCCUCGACAAUCAAAAGGGUGCCACCACAACCUCCGGCAACAACAAUGCUGCUGGUGCUAGCCCUCACAAACCGGAUGCUUCCCCUAAGCCCAUCGCUUCCCCCUCCGCCACCAAAAACUCCAAGUCGACCCAAGUUGGGACUGUCUUAGGCCGACCUAUGGAGGAUGUCAAGGCGACAUAUAACUUCGGGAAGGAGCUAGGUCGGGGCCAGUUUGGGGUGACCCAUUUGAUUACAAACAAGGCAACGGGGGAGCUAUUCGCUUGUAAGACCAUUGCAAAACGAAAACUGGUGAAUAAGGAAGAUAUCGAAGAUGUUAGGAGAGAAGUUCAGAUUAUGCAUCAUUUAACAGGACAACCAAACAUUGUUGAGCUUAAGGGCGCCUAUGAAGACAAGCAUUCUGUACAUUUGAUCAUGGAGCUUUGCGCCGGUGGGGAACUCUUUGAUCGAAUCAUUGCGAAGGGUCACUUUACUGAACGCGCUGCUGCUUCCUUGCUUCGGACCAUUGUUCAAAUCGUUCAUACUUGCCAUUCUAUGGGUGUUAUUCACCGUGAUCUGAAGCCUGAAAAUUUCCUCCUUCUGAAUAAGGAUGAGAAUUCUCCACUUAAGGCUACUGAUUUUGGUCUUUCUGUCUUUUACAAGUCAGGUGAUACAUUCAAGGACAUUGUAGGGAGUGCAUAUUACAUUGCACCAGAAGUCUUGAAGAGAAAAUAUGGUCCAGAAGUUGAUAUUUGGAGUGUUGGGGUCAUGUUAUACAUUCUUUUAUGUGGUGUUCCUCCUUUCUGGGCUGAAACCGAACAUGGUAUAUUCAAUGCUAUCUUAAGAGCUCAUAUUGACUUCACAAGCGAUCCAUGGCCAUCAAUUUCACCUCAGGCAAAAGAUCUUGUUAGGAGGAUGUUGAACUCUGAUCCUAAACAAAGGCUUACUGCUUAUCAAGUUCUUAAUCAUCCAUGGAUUAAGGAGGAUGGAGAGGCUCCUGAUACUCCUCUUGACAAUGCUGUCCUUGAUAGGUUGAAACAGUUUAAGGCAAUGAACAAUUUCAAAAAAGUUGCUCUAAGGGUUAUUGCUGGAUGUCUAUCGGAGGAAGAAAUCAUGGGACUAAAAGAGAUGUUUAAGAGCAUGGAUGCGGACAAUAGUGGGAGUAUAACUCUUGAAGAGCUAAAGCAAGGCAUGCAAAAGCAAGGGACUAAGUUAUCUGAGUUUGAGGUGAAGCAGUUGAUGGAAGCUGCGGAUGCAGAUGGAAACGGAACUAUAGACUAUGAGGAGUUUAUCACAGCAACAAUGCACAUGAACAGAAUGGACAGAGAAGAGCACUUGUAUACCGCGUUCCAGUACUUUGACAAAGACAAGAGCGGGUACAUCACAAUGGAAGAGCUAGAACAAGCUCUACAACAGUAUGGUAUGUAUGAUGGAAGGGACAUUAAGGAAAUCGUUUCUGAAGUGGAUAAUGAUAAUGAUGGUCGAAUAAACUACGAUGAAUUUGUGGCUAUGAUGAGGAAAGGGAUUCCGGAGACAGGAAAUCUGAAGAAAAGACGUAGUAUGGUAUUAUAAGAGAUGCGUGUUAUCAGUGAUUGAGCUCGCUCUUCAUUCUUUCGUUAAAAAAACCUUCGGAGAAGUCGUUGAUUGUAUAAAAUCUCUAGCGUAUAUUGAAUGUUUGAGCCAAAGAAAUUGGGGGUGGGGGGGCUAAGAACAAGAAGAAGAAAAGCUCGUGGGCGGUCUUGUAGCCCGCCCAUGGGGGGUGUUGUUCGGGUGCUGCUUUCGUUUCUUUGGUCCUUUUUUAUAUAUGUCCUGUGCAAAGUGUAUACUAGUGUUGCAUCUAACUCUUUUGUAAGUAAUGCUUAGGACUUGGCUUCCUCUAUUCUUUGUUGUCAUUAUCAUAUAUUCAUUUUCUUCCAAGUA